AUGAACCGGGGAUUGUUUGGUGUCCAGAUCGACUACGACAAAGUCAACAACGCGAAAUUCACCGACCUCCCCGCCGAGAAGUACAUCGCGAUGAUGAGCGACCCGCUGUUCCUGGGCGACGAGCUCGUCGCGUCGCAGCACCUGAUCGGCGCGACCAAGUGGGAAAAGGUGUCGGACGUGGAGAUGGUGUCGCACCACCAGUCGCGCGCGGCGCACCAGCGGUUCGAGGACGUGCGGCGCAGGGACGUCGCCGUCAAGGGCCACGGCCACGGUACCGUCACCACCUUCUACAAGAAGAUCGACGGGCAGUGGAAGUGGGCGGGCAUCAAGACAAAAGUCAUUUGGAACGAGUUUGAUUUCGAACACGUCUUUCGCGGUGCGGCAGGGAAGGAGUAG